GCGGCAUGUGUCCGUCUGCUUCCUCUCUCUGCAAGCUGCGUUGCGCUGGCAGCCCAGCUGCACCCGUGACGAUUGUGCAGCAAAACAACAGCUCACCGACAUUCGUGAACAGCAACAACAACAACAAUAACAACAACAGCAGCAAUAACAAAACAACACCGCAGACCACCCUGCAGCUUCUCUCGUCUCAACCUACCGGCCACGACGUCUUCGUUCGUGCUGGAGAGCCUCUUGGACUGUCUUGUCGUCUUGGGGUAUCCCAGCCUGUCACAAUCAACAGGUUGCUGACCUCUGCCGCCCCUGUCCGUCGGCCCAAGCGUCUCGUGGGCGUUACGCAGGUGGCCAGAUUGGAAAAACAUAUGCCAAAACUUUCCAGAGCACGCACCGUCGCUGCAAAUCAAUCAUCGCCUGAAGAUUCAUCUCACUGUUCCCAUUCGCUGUGCAUAAUCACACCUGACUGAGCAUAAUCGCUCCUUGGGCCGCCACGAGCAUUGCUUUAAACCUGGAGGCCGGACCCUGAAGUUGCUUUUGCAAGUCCAUCCUGGCGUCCUGUCAACAACCCAUAACACACCACCAACCUCCUAGCAACCGCAACCUACUCACCUCGCUGACCCUUAUGCCGGACGCCUCGACAUCAGAGCCGGCUCGAGAUUCCAUUAGAAAGCGAAGUAUUCUACCUUUGACCGACACCUGCUCGACUUGCGACACCUAGUCAGGACGUACAAACUUCGCCGGAUCCAGUCGCCGUACCCAUUGCAGACCGCCGUCGUCUGCUUUGGUGCGGAUCACGUACCUUUUUGUAACAGAUGGACGGUCAUCAGGCACCCCCACCACCGCCUCCACCUCCUCAUGGCACCAACCCCAAGUCGACGUCGCCCGGCGGCUCCGGCCUGCCUCCAGGCAACUAUGACAUCUUCAUCAUACCUCCCCAUUCGGCCGGCUCCGGCUUCCUCUACCUGCCCUCUCUACGACCUCAAUUGAAUAGCUUCAUCGCUGGCGCCGCCUCUGCACUGUUUGCCUGCUGGCUAUGGUCCAAGCUCUCGCCAAUGCUGAAAGCUUUCGUCAGCACUGUGAGCCAGAGCGGUGCUGGUUUUGGUAUGUUGCUCGUACUAGGCAUCGUAGCAAUUGGUGCAUUCUUCGCUGGAUCGAUUGGCCAUCUACCUUCUGGAACCGGUCAAUCACCAGGCGCACCGCCGAACGGCUUUUCUACGGGUGGUGCGCAUGCAGGGCACACACCACCGCCCCCGAAUGGAUAUCACAGCUCUGGACCAGCGCCAAAUGGCUAUCCUGGUGGAGCGCCAAAUGGCCAUGCUGGCACUGGUGGACAGCAUUGGGGUUCUGGUCCUCAAGGAGCGUACACCCAUGCCCAACACAAUGAUGCUGCGCCACCACCACAACCACAACCACCACCACCUCCUCCUCCUCCUCCUUCCUCUUCUCCACCCCCACCUCCACCUCCACGGACAGAGCCGUAUGGAGCAAGAUCCGAAGCUGAUGGUUCCGAGAGGGCACAUCCUCGGCCAAGAGCGUAUAGCAACGCGUCAGCAUCGUGGCAGAAAGCCAAAGAGGAGCAAAGGCGACGUGAAGAGGAACGCAAGAAAGAGGAAGAGAUGAAGCGCAAAGCCGAAGAGGAAGCGAAGGCUAAACUGGAAGCAGAGCGCAAAGCCAAGGCCGCGGAAGAGAAGUUGCGAUGGGAAAGGCAGCGAGCGAGAGAGAAGGAGGAGCGUGAGCGGAAGGAACGAGAGCGGCAGGCACGCGAGCGCCUGGAGAAAGCAAAGGCGGAAAUCGAGCGUGCAAGAUUGGAGAAAGAAAUCAAGGAGAAAUUGGAAAAAGAAGCGGCCGAGGCGAAGGAAAAGGCUGAGAAGGAGGCUGCUGCAGCCAAAGCAGCUCAGGAAAAGGCUGAGCGCGAGGCUAGAGCGGCAGCGGCACGCAAGAGGAUCGCAGAGCUCAGGGCGAAAAGCGAGCUUGGUGGUUCCAAGUUUGGCGUAGGAGAGAGGACGAAUCCGUACUCGCUCGAUCCAAACGACAGAACACCCACGCCGGCUGCACAGGCGGCCAGGAAGUACGAAAAGCCUACUGCACAAAGCUACGUUGGCACAUCGACGGCAGAGUCGUACCGCCCAUACGAUAGGCAUAAGCACGCCGGCUCCGGCUCCUCGGUGUACUCAGAGUCGUACGCUCCUUCACAGUCGACAGCACCGUCUAGCGCUCCGCCGCGGCAAAGCGGGCCAUACAGUACAACCGAUCCGGACAAGGUUGUCAUUAAGGCUGUAUAUAGCUUCAGCGACUCCUUUCCGAAGCCACACACGAGUCUUGUGGCUGGUCAAGAUGGUGUCACGGACGGUCUUAUACUAAAAAUUGGUACAGAAGGCAUGUUUGUCGAUGACGAUGUGAAGGGUAUCGGACUGAGAGAGUGGGACGUGAAGACAUGGACCAUGAAGAGUGUCGAGUCCAUCUCUGUGCCGAAGAAGUCUCUCUACAUCCUUCGCGUCACUAUCAAAGAUGCCGUCAAAACAAACUUCGUGUUCGUCAUCGGCGCCAGUGAAGAGUGGAAGGCCAAGAAAGGCGUUGAGGUCCUCAAGGGCGGUAGUCUGGCGAGAGCUGGGCUAGUCAGUGCAAUGAGCAGUGUCGAAGCGCAACGUCUCAUGAAUUUACUCGGUUGGUAAAUGUGGAGUCGCUUGCCUUGGUGUCCCUCACGUGCACGGCACACUUAACCAGAGACAGGGCGAAAAGACUGUAUUAAACAAGGUGCGAACAAAAAAAAGUGCGACGUCUGAUUGUGCAAGCAUCAGCGAAAGGCGUAUUUUUAUCCAAAGUAUUUGAUGGGUUGAGACAAGCAUGCAUGUGGAAGGUGUUGACGUUGCCGUUGGCUGUGGGUCGGCCUGAAUCCCAAUAUACCCCCUCAUUUCUCUCACAUUCGUUUGCAUUUAUGUGGUUGGAUUGUGCAUGUGGGCUUGUACGCGACCAGUGUGCUCGCUGGAAUUGACUACUUUGUAUAUAGUCAUGAGUUGCAUGAUGAGCAUACGUGAGCGUUCAUGUUGAAGAUCGACUGCUAGGUCGAGCAUAGACGGUGGAUAGAACCAGUUUUAAUGCCCUAUAUUUAAUCGAUGCACGUGCUUCACUUUUCU